UCCUGCCUUAACCUUCCGUCGUCGAUAAAUUGGCUUUAAUCGAAUGAAUCUACUUUGCUUUGAAAUUCUUUUGUAACCACAAAAAGGCAUGAAUUGACUUGCUUGACCGACGCAACGCGCACUCAGCCCAAUGGCCUCCUUGCGCGCUGGCCCGACCGGAACCACAUCUUCCCCUUUCAGCAGUGGAUCCUCUUCCUCCGAUGGACUGCUGUAUACACCAGCCUCUGAUAGAUCAGAGAAUGAUGGUCACUCAUCUCGUCCUGGUCGUCCAGCGACAGGAGCCCUAAAAGUGCAGACGGAUUUCAGCAACGAUGGGGACCGUUCAGGCUCUUCCGAUGAUGGGAUCGAUGAUGGAUAUGAUUCCUAUGACGAUUUCCGGCCGAGCUCCAGCAGAAGUUCGCACGAUCUCCUCAAAUACACGACCGUGGAAGAGCAACAGGUGGUGAAGCGAUUUGACCGCAAGCUUAUCCCGUUCCUGGCUCUACUCUACUUACUCUCCUUCCUUGACCGGUCAAACAUCGGCAAUGCGAAGAUCGCCGGCCUGUCCGAGGACCUGCAGCUGUCAUCGUCGCAGUAUGAAUGGCUCCUCACGGCCUUCUACAUCACCUACAUCCUGUUCGAAUGGAUGACGCUGAUGUACCGACUGGUGCCGGCGCACAUCUACAUCGCGCUGUGCGUGCUGGGAUGGGGCCUGGUGGCCUCCUUCCAGUCGCUGGUCACCUCCUUCGGCGCGCUGGUCUUCCUGCGCGCGGCGCUCGGAAUCACCGAAGCAGCCUUCGGGCCCGGCGUGCCGUUCUACCUCUCGCUAUUCUAUAAGCGUGAGGAGCUCGCCUUCCGCAACGGGCUGUUCAUCUCCGCUGCGCCUCUGGCCUCGUCCUUCGCCAGCAGCCUGGCCUGGGUGAUCGUCAAGUUCAGCGACGGAGGGCCCAUCGCCCCAUGGCGCACGCUGUUCCUGGUGGAAGGGUUUCCCAGCGUGAUUGUCGCCGUCUUCGCCUGGUUCUGGAUCCCGGACUCGCCUGGAACCGCGCGCUUCCUGGACCCUCGGCAGAGAAUGAUCGCUCAGCUGCGCAUGGACAGCAGCAGCAGCAGCAGCAGCAGCAGCAGUAGCAGUGGGGUCACAUCGCGUCGAACCCGAACCAGCGGCGCAUUCGACUGGGGCGAAGUGCGCAAGACGCUGGCAGACCCCAAAUCGUACAUCACCGCCUUCAUGUUCUUCAGCUGCAACGUCGCCUUUAGCUCAAUGCCCGUCUUCCUCCCAACAAUAAUCGCAGACAUGAACAAUACCCCCCAAGCCUCGCAAGCCCUCAGCGCCCCACCCUACCUCCUCGCCUUCCUAACAGUCCUACUAACAGCCUACUACUCGGACCGCCACCGCACACGCAGCCCCUACCUAAUCGCCCACGCCUUAGUGUCUGCGACAGCAUACCUCACGCUCGCACUAACAGGCCUCUACUCUUCCCAGCGAACCCAACCCCAAGCCCAAGCAGGGCCAACAUCAACCAUAAACCUAAUCCGAUAUCUAAGCCUCUACCCCGCAAUCGCAGGGUUCUUCUCCGCUAUCACGCUGAUCAUCACCUGGAGCAUGGAUAACCGGCCCGCGGGCGAGGGGAAGGGCGCCAGUGUUGCGUUGCUGAAUGUUGUAGGUCAGUGUGGGCCGUUGUUGGGGACGAGGUUGUAUCCGGCGACUGAUGGGCCGUGGGUUUAUGGUUUUGGUUGCUGUUUUGGCGGUGGGUUUGAGGGCGUGGUUGAGGUGGGAGGGUCGGCAGGGGGGUGA